CGCGUCUCAAGCGCCAGACUGCAUGGUUUCAAAAGCUUUACUUCGUCCUUGAUUAAUUGCAUGAAACAUUACAUGUGAUCCGAUCUACGCCAUGCCGGAAACUCUCAAACGCAGGCUACUACACGACGACGAGCUCGUAGAAGACUCCGAACCCGAAAGGGAGGAAAAAAGGCAACAGAUGAGGGAGCGAACAAGGAAGAAGAAACGUUUGCGCAUGGACCCAUCACGAGCUGAUCUAGAGCAAGAUAUUAUUGAGCUAACCGAUACCGAACUCAAUCCUUCUGGUCCAUCAGCUACUGUAGGUGGUCAGAGCCAGAUCGGCAAGGCUAUCGGUGCUUCCAGUCGCAGUCCAUUGACGGAGCUGGCUUCUUCCCGGAAACUUAAAAAUGCAGACCAUUUUGCGAUUGAUAUAUCUCGACAUUCGCUUGCUGGGUGCAGUAAUCGCUCCUGAUCAACGUAAACAUCGUGUCAAUGCACCCGAUACAGCGAAUAGGCCCUAUAGCGCACAGAAAAUGUCGAGUAUGAGCCGCACUUUUACAUACCCCACCCCGCCUCCUAUUGCGACUCUGGAAGUGCCGUUGUCUAGCGACUCGGAGGGUGAAUCACACCUGAAACUGUCUCGUUUUGCUUUCCGAGUGCCUCCAUCUAAGCCCAAGAUCACCGACCUUGGAGGUUUGUUGUGCUUGGGCAGUUCUGUCGCAGUAGACGAACUUCCAAAACCAACCUCUGCUCCGAAAGCCAGACUGAAGCGCCCCACUAUUCACCGCUUCUCUAACGACUUCUCACAUGCACAACUUGCAUCUCUCAUCAGCUGCGUUAGCUGCAACCUGAAGUGGACCUCGACAAAGACUACAAGUCAAAAAGUGAUCCACAUCCAAAGCUGCGCAAAAAGGAAGUUCCUUUCCGAUGAAACAGUUCGGAUGCUUAUACGCAAAGAAGUUCAGUCGUCCUCGGACCAGAAGACUACGGAAGAGGGCCAAAAGUCAGCCACUUUCCUGGAAACGGUUGUCAACGAGGUCGCCCGAGCAAAGAAAAGCAGACGCCCUCAAAUUCUGGGAACCGUCAAGUCUCUCCCUGAAACUCGCGGUAGUAUACUGGGGAGGGCGCGGGCUGUCCUUGAUACUUCUAUGCAGCACGGAGACUCCGUCGUAGACGCUCAGGUGUCGAAUUUAACCCAGGGAGGUAGAAGCGACGUUCCCUGUACUCAAGCUUUUGGAACUAGCAUGCUUGCUCGUCGAGCAGACUCGUAUCCUCAUGCACAGUCAGGACCAGUGCUGACCCAGACCUUCGGUGAAAGCGCCCUUGGCCAUUUGCAAUCUAAUUUAGGCCUCGUUGCGCGACAUGCCCAAACUUCUGGUCUUUGAUUGGAUCAGGCUGCUUCUAGCGCCCUAUCAAGUCGAGUUCACCCCAAAUUGUACCUUUCAAAUGCAGAUUCUUUCAAACCACUCUCAUACGCAUUUGAUUACAACGAGUAUCCAUGAUCGUCAAUAUCCAGCACACUUUGCAUUCGCAUCUACCGUCAGCUGCUUCAACCUUAUCAAGAGAAUGACAUUCCCUGUCUCACUCCAACGAGCCGAGGAGCCGAUCAAUUUGUAAUCAAUAAUCGCAAACAAUGUUGACGCUGGUACUAGCUCGUAAUGGUCUCAACGUGCCUUUCUUAUUCAUUUCCGUGACGCUGUUUUGUAGCAUAAUAAUUCUGACUAUAAUGUUCUACUAUCACCUUGCACCUUGCUU